AUGGCUCAUAUCGAUCGAGCCAACAUCGGGAAUGCGAAGAUUGAGGGCAUGGACAAGGACCUGGCCCUGGUAGGGAAUCAAUACAACAUUGCGUCGACUAUCUUUUUUGCCCCCUACAUUGUUUUCGAGAUCCCGUCCAAUAUGAUUUUGAAAAAGGUUCGCCCUUGUAUCUGGCUCUCAGCGCUGGUCAUCGGUUGGGGUACCAUCAUGACGUGUAUGGGGGUCGUCAAGAACUUCGAAGGUCUAGUUGCCUGUCGAGUGAUGUUGGGAUUUGUCGAGGCCGGGUUCUUCCCCGGUGCCGUCUACAUAGUCAGCUCGUGGUACAUUCGCACGGAGCUUCAAGAACGCCUUGCCCUCUUCUACACAGCGUCCGCCUUUUCCGGUGCAUUCAGCGGCCUCCUCGCAUUUGCUAUCGCCAAGCUUGACGGAGCGCGAGGUAUUGCAGGAUGGCGCUGGAUCUUUCUGAUCGAGGGCGCCAUCACCGUUGCUGCAGGGCUCGCGAUGCCCUUCCUCAUCGUCGAGAGCGCAGAACGGGCCAGCUGGCUCACCCCGGAAGAGAAGCGGUUUGUUCACUGCCGCUUGCGUCUCGCCGGCGUCCGCACGGCCACGGAAGAAGGCGACAAGUUCUCCUGGCGUCUGUUAUGGUCCACGCUCACAGACUUGAAAGUCAACCUGGCCAUUCUAAUGUCCUGGGCCAAUGCGGCGCCCACGUCGGCGUUCAAAUUCACCAUGCCGAAGAUCAUCACCGAGCUGGGGUUCAGCUCCGCGCGAGCCCAGUUACUGAGUAUCCCCCCAUAUGUGGCUGGAGGUAUCUCAGCCUGGGUGGUCGGUCGGUUUUCGGAUCGGUUUGCGUGGCGAUUCCCGUUUGUCAUAGGACCGAUGAGCGUACUGCUCACAGGGCUGGCAAUUCUGUUCUCAUUUUCGUCGUCGAUCGCCAGUCAUGUCCCGGUCAUGUACUUCGCCAUCGUCCUGGCCCAGAUCGGUAUCUAUCCUCUCCUUCCGGGAAUAUCGGCAUGGACGGGGAAUAACCUCGCUCCGUCAUGGAAGCGAUCUAUCGGGCUGGCGUGGGUACUUGCAGCGGGGAAUUUUGGCAGCUUAAUUGGCACGAACAUCUUCCUAGACAAAGAAGCGCCGGUGUAUAAGUCCGGGUACGCCACCUGUUUGGCAAUCGUGGUUCUCGGCAUGAUCGCGGCGGCAACGAACGAGGUUCUUCUCUUACAAUGCAACAAGCAGAGGGCAGGUGUUUCCGAAGAGGAUGUGCGAGCUCAGUUUACGCAGGAAGAGCUGGAUCGGCAGGGCGAUAAGAGUGUUUUGUACAAAUAUACCCUGUAG